AUGAAUAUGAAAUAUAGUUAUGAUUAUUUCGAUAAAUUAGGUGACCCAGAUGAACAGUUUAUAAAGGAUUUUAUAAAGGAUUUAAAGGAUUUAAAGAUACUUUAUGAUGAAAAGGACAAGAUAGAUGAUAUAGAAGAUAUUGACUCAUUAAUGGAGUAUAUAAAAGGAAAAAUGCAUGUUAAAGGAAAAAUGCAAGCUGACUUGGAAGAAAUUAAAAUUAUUACUGAAAAUGAAAGCCAGCAAUUCAAAUUCAUUUUCCCGGAAAUUUAUAAUGAGUCAACUGUUAAGUGGAAAAAUGAUGAUUCAAUUCGGAAACUUAUUAAUCAUUGUAUAAAUAAGAAUAAAAAAAAAGAAUACAAAUACAUGCUUGUCAUUUCUCAUUUACUUCCAAUUCUUGUUGAAAAUUCUUAUAAAAAUUUGAUAGACGAACUUGUGACAGAGCUCACCUACACUAAGGUUCCAGAAGAAUGGUAUCAAGAAGAAGGCAGUAAUAAAAUUCAAAAAAAGGAAAGUUACCUUUCAAUUCGUGAAGAACUUUGGGGUUAUAGAUUUCCCAGGCACAAAGUAAGGCCGUUACAUUCAUCCAUAUUUGACAGAAUUGAAAAGGUACCUCGACAUCAAGUCACGUUGUGUUAUGUACCAUUACCCGGUCUAUGUACCUUCCCUAAUUAUAAAGAUAAUAAUAUCUUGUUUCCUCGUGGCGCAAGUCCCUUUGUUAAGCUUGUCAUGUCCAAUAGCGAUGAGUUACUUGAUGAAAAACAUGCUUCCUCCAAGAUAUUUGAGUCUCCAUUUUUCCAUGCCAUCGUCAAGUUUAAGUGGCAUAUCCAUGGACGGAUAAUCUUCAUCAUAGUGCUUCUUAUCUAUCUCGCUUUUUUCUUGCUUUUCGUUACAUCAAUUACUUUAGAUUUUAAUAAAGACAAGGCAAUUGUUGACGCAAUUAAAAAUUAUACUAAUAAAAUUACUAUUGAAGCGACUAAAAGUUACAUUACAGUAAUUACUGCAACAAUUGGUAGUGAAACAAAUUCCAUGAUCAAUAAUGUAACAAUUGCUGAGACUGUUAAAAGUAAUAUUGGAGUGAUUACUGCAGCGAUUAGCAAAGCAUCAAUUGAAGUGAACAGAGAUAAACUACAUAUUAUUACCUUAGCAAUUAAUAAUGCAGCGAUCGAGGUAAUUACUAGCGAAGAAAUUAAUCAAACGAUAAUUAAUCUGGCAAUUAAUGACGCGACAAUUGCGGAAAUUAACAGUAAUUAUGUUACAGAGAUUAAUAAAUCAAUUAGCAAUAUUGACAUCACUACACUUAAUGAAACGAUUAACAGCACUGGGGGUAGACUAAUAAUGAUUGUAUGUUUGAUCUUAGUAGCAAUGGCAAUACUAUUAUUAAUUCGACAUACGAUUAUAGUUGUAAAAAAUGGCUUUGGUAAAAAAAUUUUUACUGCCCCCUCAACCUACGUUUUAAUCGCGUCAGCAAUUGUUAUUGUUAUUACCGGAUUUAUGGAAUUGAAGUUUCUGGAUUAUGGCUCUAACAUACGUGUACAAUUUCAAGCUGUUUCGAUCUUUUUAUUAUGGAUUUGUUUUAUUGGACUUUUAUGUUUAUUCAAGAAAAUUGGAGUUUUUAUCAUUAGUAAGUAUCUUGAACAAUAUCCACUUACAGUUAUUAUGCAUAUUUGCAGAAGGACCUUGUGGCUAGUUUUUUUAUUGUGCAUAUUUAUAUUCGGUAUUGCCCAUUCUAUGCUUGUCGCUACUUCAAUGAGUCCACCUGAAUUCGAUGAUGAGAAAAAUUCACCUAAAGAGAAUACAUUUGACGGCUAUGUUGCGUUUGUAAAUAAUAUCUAUGAAGAAACACGUGAACGUGCGUAUACUGAAUGGACCGUAAUUCGAGCGCGGGUGCUCGUAUUCCUUGAACUUGCAGUGUCAUUUCCACAAGAAAAGUUUUUCUUAAGUUUUCUUAUUGCUCAUUUUGGUCGCGAUGAUAAGGGUUGCUUUCCUCCAACUAUUCUUUAUGAAGUUCCCACUCAAAAGGUUGAAGAGUGGUUUAAAUCCAAACAGUCUUCCAAUGAAACCUCUACAACAAAUGAAGAAAGUAGUACAAAUGUACAAUGA